UGAAAGUAGUACAUACUAAAGGAUAAUUUUUCAAAAUGGCGUUGUCCUUAGUAAGAAGGGUUUCUAUUUUGCAGAAAUCAAUUUUGCUAAAAAAUACUUUGAAGCGUGCACAGAAUCGAUUAUUUUCUUCGGAAAAUAAAGGAAAUGGACCAAAUGAUCCUCAGGAUGAAGCGCAGAAUAUUGCUGAAGAGAUAAAAUCUAAUGAUUUAAAUAACUAUUCAUCACCUAGCCUUAAUCAUGCUCAGGAGAAGCGCACAUCAACAGAGUUAGCACUUGAUAAAUUUGCAAAAUUAGUGGAAAAAGUUAAAGUAUCACAAGUAGAGACUGUUUCUAAUUUUGAUAGAAAAUUAGAAGAAGAUUCCCAAGAAACGUUUCCUUCGAUGCUAAGAAAAUCAAAGCUGGUUUCAUUAGGUGAUCAUCAAGGAAGAUUGAUUGAGGGAAAUGUUUUUGAAGUCAUGGGAGAUGAUUUGUAUAUUGACUUUGGAGGAAAAUUUCACUGCGUCUGUCCUCGACCCAAAAUAAAUCCAUUGUAAGUUAUUAGAAUUUCUAGUAGUAUAUAAGCAAAAGCUCUUAAAACACUGGGUCUAGGUGGGUGGGGCAAUUGAGUCCUAUGAAUAAAAUUGGGGUUUAAAGCCAUAUUGUGUUAUAAUUAUAAGUUAUUGUAAUAAUGUGCAUGCCAUCUGUGGCAGAAUGCACAAUAAAUUUGAUACUUCCAGAUUCCACUCUUUUGCUGGCAAAAUGCCACUGUCAUCAGAUUGAGGUGCAAUCAAAUAAAUAUCUAAUAAAUGUUUAUAAUUACUGUAUACAGUACCGGCAUGUAAAAAAAAAAAAAUCCACUUUUCGAAGAGGACAACCGCAGUAGAUACAUUAAUAUUGGUAAGCUCAAUUUUUAACUCUACACAUGGUUUUUAUCUUCAGUAAAUUAUCUAAUUGUAAAAAAGUAAAACAACUAUGAAUUAAAAUAAGAAUUAUUGGGUCACAAAAUCUGCAGUCGCAGAGGAUUAACAAACUUGUAUUUUUUUAAAUCGUUUCUCAAAGCCUACUAAAAUGAGUUGUGUUGGUUUCAUUAAGAAAAAAUGUGUUUGCUAUACAAAUACAACUGUUUAAAAAUAAUUAUUAUUGUUUCCUUUUACUAAAGCCACUAAAGGCUAAUUUCAUCCUAAAUUAGGCUGAGACCUAAGUGAGGAAGGAAGCAUUGUGCUUUGCCCAUCGUGUAAUAUGCUUGUCACCAUACCAGCUUUCUUAAAAAUAAUAUAUUUAGUCAGUUAUACAAUUCUGAUUUUGAAAUCUGUUUAUAUUUAUUUUUAAGACUGUCUCACAGUCACAGCACAUUAGGCAGUAUGAUUCAUAGAAUAAUAAAUUAGGAGUUGGUAAUAAUACUAAGGCACAUAUAUUUUUAAUACUUAUUCAAUAAGUUAUUUUAUUGCUGUUUGAAAAUAUUAUUAUCAACAGACAGUAUCGGAGAGGAACCAAAGUACUUCUCAAUUUACAGUGCCUUGAAAUGAGUUCAGCAUUUUUGGGGUCUGACAUCCAUGUUACUCUACUUGAGGCUGAUGCCAUAUUAUUGGGGCUUAGCCCAUCAGAGAGGAAAGGAAGGUAAAAAUUAAAAUUUUAAUUCAAAGACCUGGGUCUGCACCUCAGGGAAAUUAGGCUUAAUCUUUACCAAUAAUUUUAUUAUUUUCUUUCUUGAAUAACAUGUAUCACCUUGUACUUAACUUGGCUUGAAUGGUGUUCAUUUGUCAUGGAUGCACUUCUUUGAAUCUUUAUUUUCUUAGAGCAGGGGUUCCCAACCUUUUUGACUAGCGGAUCCCUUUUUAGAAAAAAUAUAUAUGUGAGGAGCACUGGAGGCCUACCAUGUGUCUUACAAGUCAAUAGUGUUAAGGAGUAAUGUAAUAAGGGAAGGGGAUGGGAUAGAUGCAAUAACACGAGUUAACAUGACAUAGUUUGAUGAGACAUGUCAUUGAAGCCUAUUACUUUGAACAGUUUUUUAUAAUGUGUGUUCAACACAUGUUACUUGCAGGCAAAUAUCUGGUUCCGCAUUUAAUGGAUUUAAUCAAUAUCUGGUUGGUUUUUUUUUGGGUAGCUGUAUAGGUAGAGAAUCCCACUUCAUAGAAAUAUGUAGUUGAGAUGGGCAACAAUACUUAUUUUGCUUUCUCUGACAAUAUUUUAAUUCAUCUUGCAAAAGCAUCCAAAACUCCUGUAGACUUUAGUUUUGAAACUCGAUUUUCAGCUUGCUGUGGGAUGUCAAAUGUAUCAGGGCCUCAUAUUCUGCUGAAUUUAAGCUUGGUGGUUUUUUGUUCACGAAGCUCCCAUAAAACAUGACUGCAAAAGGUUAUUGCUAUUGUUGCCAAAACAUCAUUUUAAUGUAAAAAAUCGAAAUGUUCUUAAAUCUUUAAUUACCGGUAUUAAGAAGUUCCGCAUGGAUAUGUGAAGAAGCCAUUAUAAUUUAUACAGAAAAUGAUGUUCAGAUAACUCUGAAUUGGACUUUGGACAAACAGUUACACUGGGAUUUCUCUCAAUGUUUUUAAUGCCUUAUAAAGUUGGGGUGUGGGGAAGUCUAUACAUAGGCAAAGGGGUGUUUCUACAAAUUUUUGUAUGUAACAUGGAAUGGUGUGUGGAAACAGAACUUUUUGUGUGUAAGUGUAUGUUAUAUAAGAAAAAAUAAGCAUAUAAUUUUUUUUCAAAUUGUUUUAUUUUCAGAUCCAGUAAAACUGCACAAAAACUGUGAUGAAAAUAGGAAAUGAAAAAAUGGUGCUUCAUCUUAAAAUAUAACAGUCUUUGAAAUCAUGUUUGGAAACCUGACAUUUUUAGAGGUUGAUUUAUUGGAGUUAAAUUGUACAAUUACCAUUAUGAUAUCAGACUUAAGCUUAUGUUCCAAACAAGUUCCUGUCAAAUAAUUUUGUAGAUCAAUGAAUUAAGACCAUGGGGUUUUGUGCAAAUAAUCCUAAGCAUCAGAAGUAGCAGUUAUUACAAAAACUAAUUAGGGAAUCAGUUAUGGUCCUAGAUGCUUCUACUGUUCACUGUUAGCUUUCAGAUUUUUGCAUGAAGAAUAUUUAUUGCCAUUUUUUUUUAAAUUUGAAUAUGUAAUAAAUUAACAUUUUAUAAUUUAUCUAGAAAUCAAUUUGCUGCUUUUUAAAAGUUGUCUUGAUUAUAAAUUAAAUAUUAAUCUUUAUUUAAGAAAGAUGCUCAUCACUGUCGCAGACCCCAUUUUUACAUUGAAAUAUAAUAAUUAAAAAACUGCAUUCAAGCUGCUAACUUAUUUGAAUGCAGAAAUUAUUAGCUGAGAUCAUCUACAACUUGAGUUUGCAACAGAGGAGUAGCUGGGGGUGGGAAUGGGGUACAAUUGUCUCUGUGCGCCAGACUAUUUGGGGCCACCAAAAUGGGAUUUUAUGGGUGAAAAUAAUAGGUUGAAGGGGGGCAUAUAGUUAAAUCUUGUCCUUGUGCACCAAACGCUCUAGCUAAGCCUGUAUGUGCACCAAACACUCUAGCUGCACCUCUGUGUGCAAAUUUUCUAUCAAAACUACUACUACCCCCACACAUAUUAAGACUUGAUAAUUUUGUUUGGGUUGGAUGGCCAUCUCAUUAACUAUUACUGUUUUGUUUUAAUUUUUUUUAUUAAACAUAUGUUUUGGUGUACACAGCCACCAGUGUGAUGGUUUCGGAAACUGGUUAUGAAUAAACAUUUCUUAAUCUUUCUUGUUUUAUUCACUACAUUAUCUUCAUUAAAAUUUCAAAAAAGGUAUAAACAAUUUCAUAUUUUUAACCUAUGAGUACUUCCUGAUUAAGAGUUUAUAUAAAGUUAAUGAAGAUGGUUAACUAUUCUUGGGGCAUUGACAAAAAUUUUUUUUAAGAUUCUCCUCUCAAAUGUUAUAUAAUAAAUCUUGUAUAAUGUAUCUUUAUCACAUGGCAUUUACUUUUGGACCAAUAACUGUUCCAGCUGUAUGCAAAAUUAAAGUCAUACAUUUGUAUUUUAUUCCAUUUCAAUAAUAUUGUUUUAAAGUUAAAGCAGUGUUCCCCAAAAGGUUGUCUGUUGACCUCCACUGGUCUGUGAGCUCCACAUUGCCGGUCUGCACAACAUAAAUAUUUAAAUGUAGGUCAAAUAAAAAGAAAAUAGAAUUAAUAAUAUCAAUCUGACACUAAAUGACUCUGGUCCCUGAUGCAAUUUUGAAACUCGUCCACCCUUCUGCCAAACCCAAGAGUUUGUAAAACUUGUUUAUAAGGUUGGUGACAGG